AUGUCUGAAGAUAUCAUAUUUGGUGUUUGUUUAGUAGAUUUCCAUCAUACACGAGGUCCAGAAGUGGAAUAUUGGUAUGGUCUUCCAAAAGAGACGGAUACAACUCAACUAUGGCCAAAUCUACCGUUCCAAGCUUUGCCGGAUGGUUCACAUUCUUAUGAAGAAACAUUCACAUAUUUCACCUUAUUGUUUAAUGAAAAAUUAAAUAGAGCGCCUUCUAAGGAUGCUUCAGAGCUAAAUUUAGAUAUAGAUGGGAAUGCUGCAGAUUAUACUACUUUAUUUGCCAUUUCUUGCUCAAGGCAGAUCAAAUCAGAAGAUUUAUUGGAGAAAAAUAAAGAUGUUACUAGAUCUACUGUACAAAAAUCAUUAGUAGUCAUCUCACGGAAAUUAAUAUUUGGGCAAAUUAAAGAUAAAUUGAGUAUUGUUACCAAUGUAUUUUUUUCACAACGAAAUUUUUCUGAUCGUAAUAUUAUUAUUUCAUUAUAUGAAAAUUUGAGUUCACUAUUUAAAACUCAAACAAUUCAAGAAAGUAAUUUAUAUGUAGGUUUAUCAUUAAGAAAAAUAUUACAUGAUUUUAAAAAAGAUGUUUUAGUAAUACUCAAGGCGAUGUUAUUAGAAAAGAAAAUAAUAUUUUAUGGACAUGACGUAGAAUCAUUAUGUAAUUUAGAAUUCGCACUUAUUGGCUUAAUUCCAAGAUUGCCCUCUGAUUUAGGCGAUUCGGGUAGUCCCUUAUUAUUCAAAGAUAUCUCUUCUUUGCAACCAAUAGAUUCGUUUAAAUCAAGUGAUAGAAAAUCAAUUUUAAAAUUUCAAGGAUUACCGUUACAUAUUUUUGAAAAAGGUGGAUUAUUUUCUCCAUAUAUGCCAUUACAACAAAUUGGUGAUUUAAAAUCUGAAAAUACAAAAUUUUUCACCAUUGGUACAUCUAAUUCAUUGUUAUUAGAACAAAAAGAUGAAUUAUGUCAAAUAUUUAUAGAUGCUGAUAAUUUCCACGUAGAAAUUAUUGAUAAAUCAUUGAAUACUUCUUUGCAAUUAUCAUAUCAUGAUAAAAAAUGGAUAGAAUAUAUUUCAACUUUAGUAGAUAAUUCAUGGAACGAAGAUGAUUAUACUACUCCAAAUAAUUCUCAAUUUGAAGGUAGUGAAGAUUUUAUUAGAUGGCAAUUUGAAGACUAUUUUGCAGGUAUGUUAUCAAGUGAAAAAUUAGAUGAUUUUUUGCUGAAUAAUAAAAAUAAUGCUUCUUCAUUAGAAACUAUUCCUGUUGAAUUGAAAAAUAAUUUCCCAAUCAAUCUGUUUGGAUCUGAAUGGGUCCAAAAAUGGAGAUUAACUCAAAACCAUAAGAUAUUUUCCAAGAUCACAGAUGAUAGAUUAUUUGAUUUAUUUCCACCAAAACAUAUAUACCAAAGUGCAGAUACAAUGGCAGUUUUCCAACAAAAAUUUUCAGGUACAAUUGAAAAGAUGAAACGAAGUCAUAAAGAGAGAUUUGACAAAACAAGCUCUAAUGAAAAGAAAGAUCCUGGGAAUAAUACUACUAAAACACCCCCAUCUAAACUUAAUGUAGAUCAAAAUGAUGAGACUGAUAUUAAACAUAGUCAGAGUAAUAAAAUUCUUGAAAAUGUUAAAUCUAAUACUACAGAGAAUGCUUCUAAAAGUGACGUACUUUCAGUUAGCAAAAGCUUUACAUCUUCACAUGCCAACGAUAUGAAGGAAGAGAGUAAAGGAUCUAAAACGCCUCAAUCUGAUAUUUGGAAUAAUUGGAAAGACCUAUUCAAUCGAAAGAAAAAUAAAGAUAAAGAACCACAUAAGGGGAAAGAACAAGAAAAAGAUGUAUCAGAUGUGGGUAGUGAAUAUAUUGUGGAGCAUUCCAGUCUUCAAGGAGGAGAUUCAAGUACUGUUGGUACACCUUCAACACCUGACUCAAAUCCAAAAUCUUUUAAUAAUACUUUGGACAAAUCGCCAAUAUCACGUAAAUCACCAGCACAACGCAAAUCUCCCAUAAUAAAUGAAUCUAAAAACAAUAGUGGUAGUCAUAUCACUAUAAAUACAGCAACGUUAUACCUAGGAAAGAUCAAAGGCCAUAGUGCAAAACAUUCUUCCAACAGAAGCAUAACUAGAAUAAAGAAAUCUGAUGAUUUAUCCAUUGGUCUUGGCCUACACACAGAUGAUAGUACACAAGUAGAUAAAGCAUCUGACUUAACAGACCAAGCUUUGAGUAAGAAAAGUUCCAUAUCAAACAUUGACGAUGAUGAUAGUACUAAGAUAAGUGUUACAAAGGACAUAUAA